AUGGCGCAGCGGUUAAACCACUUGCCCCUCCGGGUGAGGAUCCUUGAGAUCGGUGCAAGCCUUGAUGUCGGUGAGCUCGGAAAUAUGAAAUUUGCGGCGGGUAUUCUCUUUAUUUCAUUAAUCGCUGUGGCGUGCUGCGACGAGCAGCGUGGCACAGACUUUGGCGGCGAUGAAAAUAGUGACCACCCACAUGUCCACAGUGUAGCGCACAUCGACGAUAAUGGCACCUUUGGGAAGUUGACGAGAAAGUCGAUGCAAGCGUCAGAGUCCCUAGCGAUGCCGCCGUGGAAGCAUAUUGCACAGGUAGGUUGCAAUGUUGCCCUCGCAGACCGGAGCGUUAAAGACAAAGGUAUCGCGUCGAGUUUGACUGGGGUCAAGACAUCAAUGGGGCCCAACAAGUGCAAGCAAGUCGUGGACAAUAUGGAUAACAAUCAAUGCCAAAAUGGUAGCACGAUGAUGCUGUGUGAAUCGAGAGAUGGACAAAUGUUAGGCAUGAGGUUGGUGGCUUCGCUAGAGCGUCUUGUCUUGACCAUCUUGAGCACUCGCAAAAUCGAGAACCAGGACUGGGGUCACGGAGCUAUUGCCUCAUUCAGCGUCAAUGUCUCUGAGUCGCCUGCAGCACGCCAAGUUCAGCUCGCACUAUCUGAUGUGGCGUUGUCUAGCGAAGGCUAG